GAUCGCUGGAAGGACCUCAGUGAGAUUGAAUAGUAAUCAGUUCAAUAGUGAGAUCUGUACAGGCAACAUGUUACUUGUACAAGCAAUUUAUUUAUGCGGGAUCAAUUUUGCACUAGCCACCGAGGCCCCAUAUUUAGACCUGAAUGAUGGGAAUAAGAUUCCUACUGUGGCUUUAGGUACAGGAAGAGGAACCGCGCAUGGCUCGUCUGUCGACGAGGUUCGGGAUGCUGUGUUAUGGGCAAUAGAAGAAGGAUACCGUCAUAUUGAUACUGCGGUAUUGUACGAGGACGAGGUACAAGUAGGCCAAGGUGUUGCAGAUGCCAUCGCCAAGGGGCUGGUUACAAGAGAACAAGUAUUUAUUACGACAAAACUGCCAAAUGACAAGCAUGCUCGGGAACAAGUAGUGCCCACUCUUAAAGAGUCACUGGCCAAGCUUGGCGUGGAUUACGUAGACCUGUUUCUUAUACACUUUCCUCUGGCUACAAAGAGUGACGGCUCUCCAGAUGACAUAGAUUAUUUGGAAACUUGGAGAGGCAUGGAAGACGCGAAGCAGCUAGGUCUCGUAAAAUCUAUUGGAGUUUCAAACUUCAAUAUCGAACAGAUAGACAGAGUGUUAGCUGAAGGCAAGGUUAAACCGGCUGUAAAUCAGAUUGAGGUACACCCAGCACAUACAAAUGAAGAAUUAGUGAUCCAUUGUCAAAAUAAAGGUAUUACUGUUAUGGCAUACAGUCCGUUUGGGUUCUUGGUGCCUAGACGUUAUGCUGGUGCAUCACCACCACCACCACCACAGAUCGACAAUCCCACUUUGGUGAAAAUUGGAGAAAAGUACGGCAAGAGUACUGGACAGGUUGUAUUGAGAUAUUUGAUCGACCGCGGCCUAAUUAUAGUUCCAAAAUCAACAAACAAACAGCGUAUAGCACAGAAUAUUAAUUUGUUUGAUUUCAAACUAACGCAGGAGGAAGUUGCCACUAUCAACAAAUUUAAUAAAAAUAGAAGUGUAUUUGAAUGAUUUUUCAGAUCGGAAAUAUCUUUACUUAAUUUUGUAUACAUACAAAACUAAGUGUAACAACAAUUGUAAAAUUUAUGCUUGUCUGUACUUAUACAGUUAUAUUAUCGUAAA